AUGUUUUUCUGUAAAGAACUUAAACUACUCUACGCCACUAUUGUUCUUUUGCUCGAAGCUGAGUUGUUGGUGAACACAGGUGCUAUGGAGUCGAAAAGGUCUUCCAUCCUGAUGGCGCAAAAUGCUGAUGAUUUGAGGUCCUUGGAGUUGUGCACUUCGAGGAACCAGCAGAGGCUAGGCAGUGUCUUUGGGAAUUUUACAAGACAUCACAAUAAAGGUCACAGAAGAAGAACCACAACCACAAGUACCACUCAAACGACAAUACUAUACACCAGUGUUGAAAAUGAAUUAGACACAACAGAAAUGUACAGAACGACUACAGAAUAUAUUUUAAAUACUCCAGCUACAUAUCCCAAAUUACCUAAGCCUUUGAAAUUGUCAUCAGUUAAUGAUUAUGAUGAUGAUGUACAUAAUAUAGAUAUUAUAGAAGAAGAAGUAAAUGAACUUAUAGGUAAAGAAAGGCAUCAUUCAAAACAUGAUAGAUUGAAUGAUAAUAAAGAAAUGUUAAAAGAUCUGGAUGAAGAGUCUUUAGCUAAAUCUAUGAAUAAGAUUAAGAAAAUGUAUAGAGAUUCAGCGACGUCUGCUGUUAAUAAGUUAAGCGGUAAGGGAGGGAAGAGUGGUAUAUUUUUGACUGAAAAUUGUACAACAGUUAUAGCUCAGAUAGGAACAACAGCUAUACUUCAUUGUGAAGUUAGUGAUAUUACAGAAAAUACGGUAACGUGGAUAAGGAAAAAGGACUAUUCUCUCCUAUCUGUGGGCCUGGUGACAUAUAGCGCAGACAGCAGGUACUUUUCUGCACACGGUCGACAUGUUAAGGACUGGGCGUUACACAUUCGGUUUGCGACCUCGGCUGAUGCGGGAUAUUACGAAUGCCAAGUGCCGACCCAUCCGCCGACCAGCAUCUUCUUCAAGCUCGUUUUAGUCGCGGCGUACGCGGAAAUCAUGGGCGAAUCUGAGAAGAUCAUCCACGAAGGUUCCAUGCUGAGACUGGUCUGCGUCGUGAAGAGGUCCACGGAACCACCCUCUUAUGUGUUCUGGUACUUUGAAAAUCGGAUGAUCAAUUACGAUUUGAAUGGCGUAACUGUACACAACGGCCGUCAAACGAGCGAGCUGGUGAUCGGCAAAGCGGAGCCGAAGCAUGCUGGCAACUACACAUGCGUACCCGCAAAUGCUAAAGCAACUUCUGUUACGGUGCACGUCGUUCAAAGUGAAACUCCGGCGGCCAUGCAGCACGGGAACAACUCUUCAGCUUACAUACAACAAAUACAUACAAUCAUACAAAUCCUUGUGGUAUUUAUAUCAUGCAAAGCCGUUCUAAGUCACGCGUAUGAGGGAUUUGGAUGAAUUCGGGUAACCUUUCAUUGUUACAUAUAACUGGGGGUCAGGGACAAAACGAUACUUUCUUUUUACCUUAUUUCAUUUAUAAAACUGAUUACGAUUGAUUUUAUUGAUAUAUCUUUAACACUUUAUUGUUUAAAUCGUGUAUAAUAUCUGAAAUUAAGCAAUAAUUCUUAUCCUUUUAUAGCUGUUCGGCUCGCACCGUCGCUCACGGAUAUUGUUGUUUAACGAAAAUAAUUAUCUACUAGGGUGGG